AUGUCUUCCUCGAUUGUGCAAAUCGGAGCAGCUCGCAUCAAAACAACCGUAACUGAAAAAGAGAGCGACAUCAACCGUGUUGUGAAGACAUUCUUGUCCAACAACAACAACCAGAAGAAGAUCAUUGGUCUUGACACAGAACGAGCACAAAAGGCAAAAAAACAAAUCAAAACCGCCUUGCUCCAACUCUGCGAUGGAGACAAUUGUCUAAUAGUGCAACUUCCGAGUGAUGAUGAUGAUGAUGAUGAUGAAGAUGAUGAGAAUCUUCCUCUAUCUCUCUUCAAUUUUCUCAAUCUACCCGAUUUCACCUUUGUGGGCAUUGGCAUAAACAAGACUCUUAUGAAGCUCGAGAGUGAGUUUGGUUUGACUUGCAAGAAUGCUGUCGAGAUUGGUCCCUCCACGUGGAACCAGAUCUCCAAUAAGACGGCCGAUGUGAAAUCUCAUAUCGAUAAUGUUGUUUCUUCGACUGAGAAACCAACCGUAUUCGACGACUGGGACAAAUUUCUUCUAAGCAAGAAGCAGAUUAAGCUCGCAGCCUCCAAUGCUUACUUGGCUUUUGGCAUCGGGAACGUUCUGUUGGAUGGUUUCGGAUUUUAA